CGCAUGCGCACUACCUCACUCGCAACUCAACCUACCAAAGUGAACAGUGUUGUCCAGUCAACCCAAAUGCAAAACGGCCAUAGUAAUGGCUUUUGACUCGGAACCAAGCGGUAUUUCGCCUCCAGUUGCCGGAAUAUUAAUAGCUGUAAUAUCAAGUUUCAUCAAUGGCUCGACAUUUGUGCUUCAGAAAAAGGGAAUAUUACGCUCCCGCGACAGAGGAGGCUCGUACCUCAGAGAUGUGGUGUGGUGGAGCGGCACAAUGUCCAUGGUUAUUGGUCAGAUUGGGAACUUCCUGGCGUACAACGUGGCCCCUGCUGUGAUAGUUACACCACUGGGAGCCCUUGGAGUUUUAUUUGGGGCUGUGCUGGCCUCUUGGAUCUUGAAGGAGCAUCUGAACAUCCUGGGGAAGCUGGGCUGUGUGUUAUGUUGCUGCGGCUCUGUUGUGCUCGUCAUUCAUGCCCCUAAAUCGGAGGCUGUAACGUCGAGACUGGAGCUGGAGGAGAGGCUGUCAGACCCAGUGUUUGUGGUGUACGCCCUCCUCGUGGUCCUGCUUCUGGUCACUCUAAUCGUGCGGAUCGCUCCAGCUCACGGUAAAUCAAACAUCAUGGUGUACGUCGCCAUUUGUUCCCUUCUGGGAAGCUUCACCGUCCCGAGCAGCAAAGGACUCGGCCUGGCAGCCCAAGACGUUUUUGGCGAGGGGCCGCCGAGCGGCAGAGCUCUGGUUCUCUUCCUGGGCUUGCUGGGGACGCUGGCCGUCAGCAUCCUCAUACAGUUCUUCUUCAUCAAUAAGGCCUUGGAGUGUUUCAGCUCCAACAUGUUUGAAGCCAUAUACUACGUGACGUUCACCUCCACCGUGAUUCUCGCCUCCGCUCUUCUCUUCAAAGAGUGGACUGCGCUAACUCUGACCGACACCCUCGCCAUGCUUUGCGGUUUAACGACAGUGUGUGUCGGGGUCGUUUUACUGCGCAUUUCCCAGGAGGCUUUGGUAACCUGGAAGAAGAAGGAAGCGCGGGAAAAGACAGACUGAUUGAGACUUUUGUGCCAUAUUGUAUUUCUUAUUAACAGUCUACACUUGUUUUGUACCUUGUUAACUCCAGUUUCAAUGACCGACACUACAGUGUAUUCAUAACUAGUUUCACCUAAAAUUAUACUUGAAUCUUCUCUCAGUUAUUGUGUAAUCUCCAAAUACCACUGACUGUUAAAUGCAUAAUUGUUUUCUAGAUAAUCAUUCCUGUUUUAAUUUCAUUAUUAUGAUGCAACUGAUCUUCAUGAAGUUUGUUAUUGCCCUUCAGGUGAGCUUCUAAAGGCAAACUCAAACACGGCCCAGGGACCAACAGUUCAUUUGUCAAUUUGCACAUUUUUACUAAUUUUAAACGGUUAGACGGAGGCUUACCAAACAACUGAACAACUACAAAUAAUUCAAGUCUUUAAGAGGUUUGUUAAAUGCUCCUUUCUCCCCAGGCCAGACUGUCUGAGCGUAGAAUCACCUGCACUUUGACUUAUUCAGUGUGCCUGUGAAUUAUUCAGUGAAAUUUCAGAAGCAGCCUGUUUAGUGCAGGGGUUGUACAGACGGUGAGUAUCAACAGUGGCGGAGUGUUUUGUCAAAUGGAUGGAUUUGUAAAGCUGAUAUACCAAAUAGAAACUAUUGUUCUGCAGCCACUAAUUGUUUUCUGGUGAUAUUAAACGUGUGGCCACGUGUUAUGUUUGUGUAAUUCAGACGUUGUUUAGAUUAUGAAUUAUUUAUUUACAUCAUAAAAAUGUUCACUCUCAUUUCUGCUACUGUGUGUGUCAGAGAUGGUUUUAACGGUGAUGCCUAGUGACUUGGCAGUGCAACAUAAACUUGCAACUGCUGUGCUGGCACUGACAAGUCACUGUCUUUACAAGCUCUACGGUUAGCGUUUGGUUGAAUUGCUUGAAUAAUAAAAAUAAAUCAAACUA